AUGCAGUAUGUAGCACCAAAUGUCACAAGUGAAGGAAUUGAGAUUAAAAUCGAGGAUGCAGACAUUGAAUCUGAAGUUCAGUAUUGGGAAACUGCUCUAAUCUUGUAUGCGAUGGGAGAGGAACUCAGCAUGAAUGUGGUCAAGAAUUUCAUGGAGAGGACAUGGAACUUCGUCAAGUUACCGGAUAUGUUCUAUCACGAGGAAGGGUACUUCAUCCUCAGGUUCAAAUCGCAUGAUGAUUUGGAUGCAGUGCUGAUGCGAGGGCCUUAUACUUUGAGAAACAUCUCUGUGAUGCUGAGGGAAUGGAAACCAAAUUUUGACCUAAAAAGGGAUAUGCUCAGAACACUGCCAAUUUGGGUGAAACUACCGAAGUUACCUCUUCACCUCUGGGGAGCAAAGAGCCUCAGCAAGAUAGGGAGGGCCAUAAGGGUGCCUUUGGUCACUGAUGAAUGCACUGCUAAUAAAUUAAGGGUCUCUUAUGCUCGCAUUUUGGUUGAAGUAGUUAUUACAAAGGAGAUGACAAAGGAAAUAGCAAUCAAGGAUUGUGAAGGAAGGAAGUUGCUGCAGCCAGUGGAAUACGAAUGGAAACCACUGUAUUGUGAAAGAUGUCAGUGCAUUGGACACAAAUGCAAAGACUAUGUUAAGAAGCAAUGGAAACCUAAAGCAAUGCCUCCGGAUCAGGCUAUCAUUUGCCCCACUCAGGCCACUUCAGCAGAAGAUGUAGCUAAGCUGAAGGGGAAGGAGAUAUGCAAAGAAAAUGUGGAUGAACAAGAAGAUAUCAACUGGAUCACAAUUGGAUCAGCUACAAAAGACAGAGGUAAGAGGGUCUCUAAUAAUUCUUUGAAUGAUAUUAACUGUGUGAAUGGAUUUGAGGCUCUUGGGGUUUUGAAUGACUCCAUAUAUGCCUUGGAUAGAGGACCAUGCUGA